GUAGCUAAGGGGACUAGUAGAGACACCUGGAGAACAACAGCCACUUUUGUGGGAGUGCAAGAACAGCAGCUUUUAAAACUGAGGAUAAAUAUUCAGGCUUUGUUAGGACCCUGAAUACAAGCCAGCUGGUAAAAUAUGGGCUCUACCCAAAGAGGCACAACGUAUCAUGUGGUCAAGACAAAUAAAACUGGGUCCAGGGUAGCAGUUUCAACACAGAAAGGGGCCGAGGUUGCUAGCAUGACCCCUCAACGGGGACAGGGGUACCUUAUCUCCUCGAGCCAGCGGAGUGGUCCAGCCUCCACGAUCCCGAUAGGCCAUCGAAGAUCAGAAGCUGGGCACGCCACUGCUCUCCAUUUAUCAUCAGACUACCUUCGCUCUAGCUCCCCUCAGUCAGGGCCCGGCCCCUCUGGAGCACCCAACCCUCGAACCGAGACCCGAUCCAGAACUGAUACAUCCCGCCAGGCCUCUCCUUCUCGAAAGCUGACUCAGGGCGAGUCAAUGCUCUACACCGGUCAGGUGCAGCGGAAUGUCAGUCCGUCCAGAGAGGAAGCAACUAGAAGAGGGGUUGAGAUCAGGCCAGGACGCAACAUCAGUAAUCGUUUCUCGUUAAUUCCAGAGGCCAAAUCCUCUCGCCGGUUGAGUUUUGUCGACCAGAAGGAUGACUUCACACUCUUAGAAGAGGAGCCACCCUCCAAGGUCCAAUACCCACAAGGGGUCAGAGUGCCCCGGAGGCCUUUGAUUUGCCCAAAGGAUGAAGCAGUCCAAACUGAGCCCAUUCGAAAGAGUGUGACUGCUGGGGAUAUCAGAUCGUCAAGGAGACCCCCUAGCCCAGAACAUGGCGGCAACCGCAUCUAUCCAGACUCUCGGUCAACCCAGAGAAGAAUUCCUGGGCCAGAAUAUGACACGGGCCGUCAGAACUCAAUUUAUGCAGAACCUAAGGCCUUGCGUAGAAGUGUGAACUUGGAAUCAUCCCUCACACUCUCUGUCCUUAAAGAUUUGAACAGUGGACAAAAGGCUUUGAUGCGCCCUGAGCCUGAGCCUGGCCACAGGCCCUCUGUGUACAAUGAAAUCAAGUUCUCCCCAAAGGUUUUAAUACCAUCAGAAGUGGAGCCCAGCACGAAGCCCUCAGCGCGCGGAGAGAGUGAGGGUGGCCGUAGGGUCACCAUCUCCCCCGGGGCACAGCCAGCUUCCCGCAGGACGUCUCGAGCCGCAUCUGAGAGUCCCCACAAAUCUUCUGUCUUGGCCACUCCGGAGCCCGAAUACAAGCAAUAUACCGCAAAACCCUCAGACAGUAUCUACGAGUUCCCACGACCCACACUCAGGCCUCCAGAGCCCUCUUCUAGAAAGCACUCUGUCCGCGUAGAGCUGGAACUGACCCCUCGGCCCUUGCCACCUCGGUGCUUACCGAGAUAUGGGCCAGACUCCACGUGGUGGGCCUUACUCAGCCCUGAAGGUGAAAUGCCCAACAGUCGGCCAACAACACCUGAUAUCGAGCCCAAGUCCCCUCCUCCCCCAGACCCUUCACUGCCUUUUUUUGAAAUGGAAACCAGCCCUUUCUGUGAGGAUCUGAUGUUCCAGAGAGAGAAGGCAAGUCCAUCACCACUAUCAUCACCAAAGGAGUCUCCGGGCCCGUCACCAUUGAGGGAAGCGCCACAGGCCCCCAAGCACACCUCCAGACAUCCCACUCAAAGGUUUAGUGUUUUCUUCAUGGGUAUGUGCAGAAGCAGACUGCCCAGGUGCAGCCCCGAUUUAGUGAGGUGGGACGCCAGGGUGGGAGAAAGUUCCCCCUCCUCAUUCUGGGCCUCAGAGCUGCCCUCCCACCAGUGCCAAAGCUGGACCCAUCCUUGAGCCCAUUGCUCCCUUCCUUCCCCACCAGCUUCUCUGAGCUCCAAGCUAAUGACGCCGAUGAUGAUGCUUGGUCCGGCGUCAGGCAUUGACUCUUCCAGGCAACGCUGCUUAACCUUUCAAUGGAAGGUAGUAGAGAGUGGUCUGCAGGGUGGGAAGCUACUUCCCAGGGGUGGAGACGAAGAACUGAACUGGGUGAGGGCUGGUAAAGAGAAUAAAGGUCCUCAGGUAAAUAUUCUGGCAACCAAGUGGAGAAGGUAGGGUGUAAAUGAGCUGGGACUUAGGCUUCUGAGAAGGGGCAUGAGGGAGGGUGGGGAGAAGCGGGGGCAGCAGAACGGGAACGCGGCAUUUGAUCUUAGGUCGGAGGAGCCUCUUGGGGACAGCGCCAAGGGCUGAGGGCAGCUUUGGGUGGAGAAAAGUAGAGCUAGGAAAGGAGCCGUGAAGUAGUGAGGGGUGGGGGGCGCACCCCACAGAGAGAGAAAAAAAAGCAACAAUCUCUGUUACUUUCAGAUGUCUCUGAGGAAAUGUACAAUCGUGUCUUCUGGUGGCUAAAAGGUCUGUGCUUUCCCUCCCGUGGGUCCUCUUUGGGGGGCUGGGGGGCAGGAGGACAGGUGGGAGGGCAGCCUCUGAAUCCCAGAGCUAGGCCUGUCAGCACUGUGCC